AUGGUAACCAAGGGUGCAGAAACGGCGACUGCCACAAAGGAUUUCGUCGAGAAUGACUACGAUCUCUCCCACCGUGAGAAGCAGGUAAUGCGGCGAAUUGAUCUGCGCCUCGUUUUGGGGGCAGCUCUGGGUUACUCGGUUAAUUUGAAGGAUCGAGGUAAUGUCGGAAUGGCAGCCAUCGCAGGGUGGACCAAUCACUGCCAUAAUGCCCAUGGCCAAGAGUAA